CCAAGUUGGAGUACUAGAAAGCAGAGGCCGGUCACCGAUCGUUUCUCUUCUUCAUUGCUCCACCUCCCGUCAUCGUCAUAUACACAACUACUAUAGAAGAUUGAGUGAGAUCGUCAUGGCGCCUCAGGAAUUGCAUGACGAUGUUGGUAAGCACAAGGAGCCGCCCACUUCUACUUGUACCACCACAAUCAGCAACAACAGCCCUUCCGGUGCCGUCCAUCCUACCACCUCCAGCCCACCGUCGGUUGCCUCCGGCCACCGCUCCGCCGCGAACUCCUUCCCUCUCGUCCUCAAGUUUGAGGAAGUGGUGUACAAAGUGAAGGUUGGGCAAACGACGGGGGGAUUGUGCGCGAGGGUGUCGUCGGCGUGCGCGGUGAUCGGCGGCGGGGCGGCUGACGGGAAGAAUAAGGCUGCCGUGUUGCCUCCGAGGGAGAAGACGAUCAUCAGCGGGAUGUCCGGGGUGGUUCGGCCGGGGGAGAUGCUGGCGAUGCUGGGCCCGUCUGGGAGCGGCAAGACGACGCUUCUGACGGCGCUAGGCGGGCGACAACGGCACGCACUGCUGUCCGGGAAGAUCACCUACAACGGGCAGCCCUUCUCCGGCGCCGUCAAGCGCCGCACAGGUUUCGUGACGCAGCACGACGUGCUGUACCCGCACCUCACCGUGUCAGAGACGCUCUGGUACACGGCGCUGCUCCGGCUCCCCCGCGCGCUGGGCGCCGGCGAGAAGCGCGCGCAGGCGGAGGCUGUGGCGCGGGAGCUGGGCCUAACCAAGGUGGCCAACAGCAUGGUCGGCGGCGUCCGCGGCGUGCGCGGCCUCUCCGGCGGCGAGCGCAAGCGGGUCAGCAUCGGGCUGGAGAUGCUAGUGGACCCGAGCCUUCUGCUCCUCGACGAGCCCACCUCCGGGCUCGACUCCACUACCGCGGCCAGGAUAGUCGGCACGCUCCGCCGCAUGGCCGCCGGCGGCGGGCGUACGGUGGUGGUGACCAUCCACCAGCCGUCGUCCCGCCUCUACCACAUGUUCGACAAGGUGCUCUUGCUUUCCGCGGACGGGCGACCUGUCUACUACGGCCGCGCCGCCGACGGGCUCUCCUACUUCGCCUCCAUCGGCUUCGCGUCGCCGCUCUCCCUCAACCCCGCCGACCUCAUGCUGGACCUCGCAAACGGUAUCGCGCCGGAUACGAGCGGCGACGGCUGCGGGGUAGCGGCGGCGGUGCCUGGCGGCGGGAGCGAGGCAGAGCAGAAGGAGGUGAGGGGCAAGCUGGCGGCCGCGUACGAGCGACACAUUGCUCCUGCGGUGAAGCUGGACAUAUGCUCGAGCGAGGCGUGCGGCACCGGCGACGGCGUGCAUGGGGCACGGCGACGAGGCACCGCAAGGGUGGAGUGGACGGCCGGGUGGUGCACCCAGUUCUCGGUGCUGCUCCGUCGCGGGCUCAAGGAGCGCCGCCACGAGUCGUUCAACAAGCUCCGGAUCUUCCAGGUGCUGACCGUGGCGUUCCUGGCGGGGCUCCUGUGGUGGCGCACGCCGGCGGCGCACCUGCAGGACCGGACGGCGCUCAUCUUCUUCUUCUCCGUCUUCUGGGGCUUCUUCCCGCUCUACAACGCCGUCUUCGUCUUCCCGCUGGAGCGGCCCAUGCUGCUCAAGGAGCGCUCGUCGGGGAUGUACCGCCUCUCCUCCUACUUUGCCGCGCGCACCGCCGCCGACCUCCCCAUGGAGCUCGGCCUCCCCACGGCGUUCGUGAUCAUACUCUACUGGAUGGGCGGCCUCGACCCGCGCCCGGCGUCCUUCAUCCUCUCCCUCCUCGUCGUGCUGUACAGUGUCCUCGUGGCCCAGAGCCUCGGGCUCGCCGUCGGCGCGGUGCUCAUGGACGUCAAGCAGGGGACCACGCUCGCAUCCGUCAUCACCAUGGUCUUCCUCAUCGCCGGCGGCUACUACGUGCAGCACAUCCCACCCUUCGUCGGGUGGCUCAAGUGGCUCAACUACAGCUUCUACUGCUACCGGCUCCUCCUCGGCAUACAGUUCCCCCACGGCGGCGGCGUCUACGACUGCGGCGGCGGCGCGCUCUGUCCGGUCUCCGAGUUCCCCGCAAUCAAGGCCGUCGGUCUGAACAACCACUGGAUCGACGUCUGCGUCAUGGCGCUCCUCCUCGUCGGCUACCGCGUCGUCGCCUACCUCGCCUUGGACCGCCUGCAGCAGAGGUGAUUGAAAUGAAGUCCACGAAGAUGAGAGUAUAUUUCAACCCAUCCACCAAGAGCUAGUUAACUGAGCCAAAACGGAUUAGUAAUUGACCGGCCGGGAAACCUAGCUAGUACUGUAGCUGAUUGUUCUUUUGAAGGCCGGCCGCGUCUUGGCUCGAUGGAUUAAUUGCGAUCGAGACCUGAUGAGGCUCGAUCUUGGCGGGAACAGAGAGCAGAGGAAGGAAGAAGUUCGUAA